AUGGUUAAUAUUCCAGGCAUACCUAAUGCAUUUAAUAAUCAUUUCACUGAUCUUGGUUUCAUUCUUUCCCAAAACAUCUCAACUUGCUCUAUUCCACCAGAGAGUUAUAUCAGUGAAUCAAUGCAGGAAUUUAUUUUCUGUGAAAUAACUGAACAGGAAGUUUGCCAGUUAUUAUCAUCAUUAUCAUCUACUAAGGCAUCGGGCCUAGAUGGAUUACCAGCAAAACUUAUUAAAAUGGCCUCACAUUACAUUGCUAAAUCGCUGACAACAAUAUUUAAUAGGUCUAUAUCCACCGGCAUAUUUCCAUGUGAGUGAAAAAAUGCAAGAGUCGCUCCAAUUUACAAAAGUGGCCCUAAAUCUAAUAUGGAUAAUUAUCGACCCAUAUCUAUUAUUUCGGUAAUUGCCAAAACAAUGGAGAAACUCGUACAUAACCAGGUCUAUUCCUAUUUACAACGGGCAAAUACACUAACUAAUGCACAACAUGGCUUUAGACCUCUCCAUGGUUAAAUUCCUCAGUGACGAACCGUGAGAUAGCAAUCGACGAUUAUAAGAUCCACAGACUUGACCGGUUACACAAGAAAGGUGGAGGUGUCUGUGCUUACAUCAAGAAGAAUAUUAAAGCAACUGUCUUAAAAGAUUUAUCGAAGGUGUCAGUCUCUAACUUUCAUCAACUAUGGAUAAAUCUACAAUGCCAAAAAAACAAAUCAAUAAUAAUUUGUGUAACCUACCGACCACCUGACACUUCUCUAAACUGUUUCGAAGAUUUACUUAAGCCAAAUUAUGUUCAGGCUUUAACUUUGAAUAAACAGAUUUUAGUGCUCGGUGACUUAAAUUGUAACAUGCUAGAAAACGGCCAAGAGCGGAGAGCGCUAACAAAUUUUUCUACAGAAUUAAAUCUCACACAGAUUAUUAAAACUCCAACUAGAAUCACGGCGACGUCCCAAACGCUUAUUGAUGUUAUUCUAGUCUCAUCCACAGCACUUGUUCUUGAGAGUGGUGUUAUUAACACUUCUAUCAGUGACCACCUACCAGUGUACGUCCUACUAAAGUUAAAGGCCCCAAAGAUGCCAGCAUGUUACAUUACAACUAGGAGUUAUAAAAACUAUAAUCCCUCACUAUUUUCCUCUGACCUUGUCACUAAAUCGGAUCGUCUGUUAUCCAUAUUAUCCAACACCAACGUCAAUACAAUACUCGAAACCUUCAAAGAUGUUCUUCACUCAACUCUCGACGUGCAUGCACCGUUAAAAACCUUCAAAAUUCGAAAUCGAUCAUGUCCAUAUGUCACCAAUGAAAUAAAAGAACUCAUGAAGUCUCGGGACCUACACCUCCGUCGGUUUCAACUGACACGUGCUGAAGGUGAUUGGGUAGUUUACAAAGAAUAUCGUAAUAACGUAAAAACCAAAAUUAAAGCCGCAGCGAAGGACCACACCUUCAACGAAGUAAGAGAACAUAAACACAAUGCGAGAUCCCUAUGGAAAAUAAUUAAUAAUAUAAUUCCCUCGAAGGAAAAGGAAACACAAGUUUAUAGUAAAGAUCCAAAAACAGUUGCAGAAGAUUUCAACCUUUUUUUUACUUCUGUGGGACGGAACGCUGCUGCGACAGCCGAAAGUUUAGCCAAAGACAACAAUGUUGCACUGUCAAAUCCUCUGUCAAAUGUAAUCACUUAUCCAUCUGAUCAACUGUUCAAUUUCCAAUCCGUUACUUGUACAGAGGUUCAACGCAUCAUCAUGGCUAUGCCAAGUAAUAAGUCACCAGGACCAGAUAAAAUAGGCAUGCGUGUCAUCAAAGACUGUCUUCCAAUCAUACUGGGUCCUCUUACGCAUAUGAUAAAUUGCUCUCUAAUGACAAGCACAUUCCCUGACCUAUGGAAGAUUUCUGAAGUUAUACCCCUACUAAAAGAAGGAGACCACGAGAUAGCCUCAAACAAUCGGCCUCUCUCACUACUCGAGGUAGUUUCAAAAGUUUGA